GGUUCGCUUUGCCCGCCAGUUGGAUACGGUCGGUCGUCGGGUACGCACGCGGAUGCAACCCGCUCUACAGUGACUGUGUGCGCCCGUUGGAUGAGCAAAGCGCGUGUGUGCUAGUGGUGCCAAGUGAAUUAAAGCAUAGUGAAGGUUUAGUAUGUAGUGGUGAAUGUGUAACAAAAAAAAAUGCCAACAAAGUGCACACGAAGCGCAAGUAAUGAUAAUUGAAUUUUCAUCAACCACCAUCAACCGAGCGAAGGGUUGAAACAAGGAUCGAAAGUGGUAGUGGAAGGUGCAAGCGGAUAACGUGUAAUCAAACAACGACCAAACAGCGUGUGUGCGAUGACGGUGUGCUAGUGGUUGCGGCAUCAUCGGUGGUAGUGCGUGAAUGCGGAACCAGACACAAUCGAAGCGUCGAGCAGAAAUUAACCCGAGUCACCCGAGCAAGCAAGCGAGCACGUUCCAAACGAGAGGAAGCGGGUUGGGGAAGCAGAAGGUCACGAAGAUGCUUCGCAACUGUGGCUGUUUUCAGCGGGCUCGGCGUAGCUCCAGCUUCGAGGACUCGUCCUCCUGCCGGUCGUCCGAGAUCGAGCGGGGCGGCGAGAUGACACCGCACAGUGGCAGCCUGCUGAAGCUGUUCACCUCGAAGGGCUGGUGCAGACAGUGGCGCAAGAGUGGCCGGGGCAUGAGCAUGACCAAGAUUGAAAGAACAAUGAAGGCGGCCAUUCUUAUACAGCGCUGGUAUCGGCGGUUUCUAGCCCGGAUCGAGAUUCGGCGGCGCUACACGUGGACCAUCUUCCAGAGUAUCGAAUAUGCGGGCGAACAGGACCAAGUACGGCUGUACAACUUUUUCAACGCACUACUUACGCACAUUCCAGAGACCGCCGGACGUCCGCUGGACUCGCAAAACACAUCCCGCUCGUCGUCCGCAGAGGCACUGAAUAUGAAAUUUUCCGACGAAUCGGACGAUCUAGCCGACGAGGGUAUUACCGGACCGGAGCGUGGCUACCAAGGGCCAGAUAUCAAGUUCCCGCUCGACAAGAAGGAGCUCGAGGUGAUCAUCGAUCUGUUCCGGAAGAAGAAAAACCGCCUGCACGCGAAGUACGUGGCGGGGAUACUGCGGGAAGCGACGUCGAAGCUGAAACGGUUGCCAAAUUUAAACCAGGCGUCGACCGCCAUCUCCAAACAGGUGACGAUCUGUGGCGAUCUGCACGGGAAGCUGGACGAUCUGCUGGUCGUGUUUCAUAAGAACGGACUGCCAUCGCCAGAGAACCCGUACGUGUUCAAUGGGGACUUCGUGGACCGGGGUAAGAAAGGGCUGGAGGUGCUGCUGCUGCUGCUCUGCACGUUUCUGGUGUUUCCGGGCGGCGUGUUUCUCAACCGGGGCAACCACGAGGACACGGUGAUGAACGCCCGGUACGGCUUCAUCCGGGAGGUGCACCAGAAGUACAAACACAACGCCGAAAGACUGCUGAAGCUCAUCGACGAGGUGUACCGGUGGCUUCCGUUGGGGACGAUAGUGAACAACCGUGUGCUGGUCGUGCACGGCGGCAUUUCCGACUCGACCGAUCUCGAUCUCAUCCGCAGCCUGGACCGUGGAAAGUAUAUAUCACUAUUGCGGCCGCCCAUCACUGAAAGUACCGCCCCGGGCGCUGAAAUCAUCGAUAAGGUGGAAUGGAAACAGGUGUUCGACAUACUGUGGAGCGACCCGCAGCACACCGAGGGCUGCCGGCCGAACUCGUUGCGCGGAGCGGGCACCUACUUCGGACCGGACGUCACUAGCAAGUUCCUACAGCGCUACAAGCUCCAGUAUCUCGUCCGCUCGCACGAAUGCAAACCGGACGGGCAUGAGAUCAUGCACGGUGGCAAGGUCAUUACUAUCUUCUCCGCAUCGAACUACUACGAGAUUGGCUCGAACAAGGGUGCCUAUCUGAAGCUGGAUCCGCAGCUGGACACGCACUUCGUGAUGUACACGGCGGCCGCCUCCAAAACGCGUAAGCUCACGUUCCGCCAGCGGGUGGGGCUGGUGGAAAGCUCGGCCCUGCGGGAGCUGGCAGCGAAGCUGCGCGAGCGGCGGAUAGAGCUGGAGCGGGAGUUCAAGUCGCGCGAUCCGGAAAACAAGGGUGUGCUGCCGCUAGCCAAGUGGUGCGAGGCGCUGGAGAGCGCCACCAGCCUCGGUUUGCCGUGGCGAAUGCUGAAGGAUAAGCUUGCACCCGCCGAUAAUCCCACUGCCAGUACGGUCGCAACGGUGACGGAAGUCAGCUACCGGAAGACGCUGCACCUACUCGACACGGACUCAUUCAAAUCGGCCCAAAACGGUACCACCUCCGUGGCGGAAUCGCUGUACAAAAACAAGAGCAGCCUGGAAGCGAUCUUCCGCAUACUGGACAAGGACAACUCGGGCCAGAUCUCGCUGGAGGAGUUCGGCGAGGCGUGCGAGCUGCUGCGGCGCCACUUCCCGCACAACACGCACGAACAGCUGCUCGACAUGUGUCGCAUGAUGGACAUCAACAAGGACGGGCUGGUCGAUCUGAACGAGUUCCUGGAAACGUUCCGGCUGUGCGAGAACGCCAAGGAGCAGCUGCUGAUGAGCCUCGAGGAGCGCGCGAUAGCGGAGAGCAACGGGAACGGGUCGGGCAGUGGGCUGGACACCAUUGACCUGCAGCCGUCGGGCCCGGCGGCGACGGCGGACCGGAAGAAGGACGGCCUGCCAGACAGGAACGGGAACUGUGCGGCAAAGACUGCCAGGGAGGACUGCCAGGGCAAGACGGAUGGGCGCCGGCGGAGCAAGAAGCGUGCGAGCGGCAAGCGAGCCAACAACGGGCCGGAGAACGGGGCGCCGGAAGCGGACGAGGACACGGACGACUACGAAGACUACGAGGCAAACGAGCCGGAGGAGGGCGAGAGCAGGGAGAAGAGCGCCGGCCCAGUGAACGGUACAGUUAUAAGCGCAUCCAACACUGCCGCUGUCGCUAAUAGCACCGCCAACGGUGACACUCACAAGGACACCAUCGUCGCCUAAACGGGGCACAGGCUUAUGAGUGUUUCUUUUCCUAUCUCUCUCUUUCUCUGUGUGGAUGUGUUCGUAUGUGUGUGUGUGCGUGUUUGCGUGUAUGUGAUUCCGAUCUCCAAAGUACCUCCUCCAAGUUUGUUGCUGUGUUUCUAUCGCUCCUCUACCUUCCCAUCUCACUGUACACUGUUUGUACCCGGCGUUUAGUACCGUGACUCCAAGUGCGGUGGAACUUGGAAAACAAGUUCCAGGAUUCAGAAGGAUUUUAUCAGUGGAAUUGAGCGUUACCUGAGAGAAGGAGGGAGAGAGAGAGAGGAAGAGGGAAGUGAACGUGAGGUAGAAGAGGUAAAAGGUUUCCCGCACAUUCUUCCGGCCCUCGUACGGUUGCCCACCGCAGCACACUUUACAGUUUACAGGCAGCGUGUUUGACCCAGUGGUACUACAACAAGAUGAAGCUGUCAAGGAGUUGUGCAACAACAGUGCUGGCUUUGGUUUUGACACAUGGCUUCUCAUUAAGUUCACCUGUUGGCUUAUGGGUUAGCAGCGGUACCGGAUCAGGUAGGAGCACACAGAGCUUUAACACAACAAUGUUUAAGAUUGUAAAAGGGACAGCUACAUCUCAACAUCUCGUUGAGUGGUGGAUUACUCUGCAUAGUGGAUUACCCUUUUUCAUUCAAACAGUAGGUACGUUCAAGCUUUUUAUUGUUCUAUCCUUGCUUCAUGUUACCUUCAUGCUGAUUGCACUUUUAGUGUUACGUUACCGUUUACUUUUACGACAAUCGUACUACAAGUUUUAUUGAUUGUCUGGCGUAAAACAGUAAUGUUUAAUCAUUGAAUCGUUGUAGAUGUAAAUUGGCUUCUUGCACUUCAUCUACAAAAUGUCUAUUCCUUCUCAGAAGGUUGGCUGUUCGCUCUUUUAAACGUGGUUAAUAUUCUCAUCAAUGGUCUGAUGCAGUGAUCCUCUUUUU